CUCUUUAUGACGUUUCCAUUCAAUAUUUUCAAAUUCAAAACAGUCACAAUUUUGUAAAUUGAAAUAUCUGCUUCUCAUUUUUAUUUCUGGGAAACUACGAUAGUUCAGUGACGCUAACGAUACGUUUAACCAUAACGAGUGUAUAUAUAUUUUAUAUUUUGUAUUAAUUUACAAUUUGUGCAAGCAAAAAUCGACAAUUAAAACGUGCAUUGGCCUUAUUUUUACCGGUUCCUCACAUCCAUGACGUGCGAUUGGUGCCCACAGAAGUGCACCCAACAGUUUCCAGCAUGCUUUCAGCUCUAUCCCGGUUCUUCAGAGAAAAAGAAUCCCGGCAAUAUACACGAUCUCCAUCUAUUGGCACAACGUAUUAAUCCGAAAUAUUACGAUGGCAUCGAAUUGGACUACGCGCAUCGGCUAGCGGCCAACAAAAUUAUCACGUGCAAUUGGUUGUGGAGUCACACGCGACCCUCGGGAUUUCGUUUCGGCGGCAAUUACUCUUUGCGCCUAUAUGAUGAUUUUUUACAAACGCCCACCAUCAUGGCUGACAUAAAUCCAACCACACUUGCCUCCAAUGUCAGCAUGAUUUUUUACCCGCACCACGCCUUACGACUGGAGGCUGCCAUGCAACGCGCAUCCGAAGAUUUACCACUGGAAACUCAGUCAACCAUCGAACUAACGCGUCCAUCGACUACACUCACAUGGAACAUGUACAAUGCCCAUUCGCAACGGGGUCGCAGCACCAUAUCGCUGAUGCGUUCCAUUACCAACUCGUGGGCGCUGGGUGCGGAAUUACUACUCGAAUGGACCGAUCCGCGUUCGAUAAUGACCAAAACUGCACUCGCUGCACGGUAUACUAAACAUAAUUAUCAAAUAGCGGCAUCCGCGUCACGCGAGGGUCUGGACAUUAGCUACUGGCAGCGAAUACACCAACGCAUACAGAUGGCAACUAUGUUCGCGUGGGAUCGCAAGUCACAGAAGACUAUCGCCACAAUUUGCUAUCAGUGGGAUUUUGAGGAUUCUGUUGUGCGCAGCAUGGUAAAUUCUGACCUCUCCGUAGGCUUUCAAUAUUAUCGUUCUCUUCCACAUAUUCCGUGCGGUAUGGGCUUGAGUGCUUUGAUUAGUUUAUUGAACAAUCGAUUGGCAUUUGGCCUUAAAUUUGCUCUGGAUCCCAGUGGGCAACGGCGCGGGGAAUAAGAAGUAUCUGUGACUUUUUAAAAUCAAUCUUAUUAAAUCUUGAUUUUCUUAAAAAUCAAUUAAAAUUCGAGACACAAAAAUGUUGUAAGAUUUUCUUAAUAUAAAUGUGGUUCCAAUA